CAGUCACUCCAGCAUCUCAGAAAAAACAUUACUUGAAACACUCAGAGAAAUGAAAAGACUGACACCGCGCCGAAGAUAAGAGACUUACUUAGGAAUGAUACUAAUCUCAAGCUUGAGGUGGAGUGCCAACUAGAAGCGGCUGUGUUCUGACCUUCAUCAGAUCACGCCAUAAGGCUUUAAGCAAAGUGAUGGCAGCCGAAUACGGACGCUUUGCCAACGAUGAUGUAGGAUCUGAUGAUGAAAACCCAUCACCGUACCCUGCUCCCAGCUCUUCAUAUCCGUAUUUCCAAACAUCAGAUCCUGCACUACGUGCGGCUUACGCGUAUGGAGAUCCGAGUGGCGGAUAUCAGUACCCAGACCCGACAGCGCUGUACGGAGUCAGCCUAGCUCCAUCCUCACCUCUUGGGAAUCGCGAAGUUGUAGAGGAAGGAAGUGAGGAAUCAGCAGAAGAUGUCUUUAAUGAAGACGAAUCAAUCCAGAGGGAUUUAGCCAUAGCUCAAGUCGCUGCCGAUCUUACCAAUGCCGAGAAUGAUCCGGACUAUGAAAGCCCAGUCGAUCUGAAUGAGCAAGACAGUCAGUCAGAUGAAAAUAUUGACUUCAUUGAUACAGAGUCUCGAACAAGACGUCGCGGUAGAGGUGGUAGAGGUAGAGGGAGUAGGGGGAGACCUCGAGGGCGCGGACGUGGUUCAUCCUUUAUUUCGCGUGCUUCCCCCGCACGAAACCGUGGCAAUGCUAGAGGUCUUGGUCGUGGCCGUGUUGCCGAAGAUGGGAGACGCGGAGGUUCACAAGGAAGGAAGUACGGGCCUAGAGCUAUGGCUGAACCUACGGCGGAGUUCAAGAAUUACAACGCACUCAUGAACAAAGCUUACAUAGCUGAAGACUAUGAUGAAGCUCUCAGGCAGGGCCUCGAAGCUGUCAAGGUCAAUCCUGAAAUGUUUCACGUUCACGCCACUAUUGCUGAAAUACUCUUGCGGAAAGGUCGCAAGGAUGAUGCGCUAGGAGCCCUCUACGUUGGAGUUCACGCCACGCGAGACGAAGGCUCGUGGUGGUAUGUGAUUGAAAAGCUGAUUGAACUCGGUGGUAAUAGCAAAGAGACAAGGCAACGAUUGCAAGAUUGUUAUAGCUCGCUCCUCGAUAUGGAUCCGGAUAACUACAAGGCUCGUUACGGUCGGAUGAAAAAUUAUAUGGCAAGCGGUCAAAAGACGCGUGCAAGAAAUGAAUGCCUCAACCUUCUUCAUCGCAAUCCACUCGAUGUCGAUACAUUACAAGUUCUAGCAGAAAUUUGCUUCUCUAUCGAGGAGCCAGCUAUAGCCGCUCCAUCGUUUGGGACUUUCUUUGAGCUUUCAGUAGCUCAAGGUGGUUCAGAUGAUGUUGAAUUAGCUUGGAAGCUAUUGGAUAUCUACAUGGAUAUACUUGUGCAUUGCUCAGAAUGGGAAACCGGACUCCACAAGCUUCGAACCCUCGCUCGGUGGAUAUUAAAUCGAGCCGAUGAGGAGUUCUGGGACGCAUGUGACGAUGAUAGAGAGUGGGAUCUGGAUGAUGAGCCUCGUAGAGUUGAGGUUGAAAAGUUUACACCCGGCCGAUAUCCUCUCGAGACUUAUGGAGAAGGGCUACCAAUCGAACUUCGAGCAAAGAUGGGACUGCUUCGCCUAGGCAUGGGCAGUAAGUACCAUGCUGAGGCACUGGACCAUUUUGAGUAUUUUGAGCCAGAGGACGACUCACCCGAUGCCUACGUAUACGAGUAUCCAGACCUGUUUCGCGAAAUCGGGGAUGCGCUGCGUGAGGAAGAGCUGCACCAGGAUGCAUUGCGCUUUUAUGAACCAAUUCAGCGUCAGACACAGAGCAUUGAUUCUCGUUUCUACUUCGACAUUGCCAUCUGCUACCAGGCACUUGGACGAGAAGAAGAAGUCAAAAGAACCAUGGAGGCUCUUCGUCUGUUCAAGCGCGGAGCUCGAGACGCCAAUUUUUAUGUUGGCUUGGCCAAGCUGUACCAAUCGCAAGGAAGGGAGAAAGAUAUGCAGUAUCUAGUACGGCAACUCAGACGCAUGGGGAAAUCUGACCUAGUCCUAGCGGCAGGUUUGCCUUUGCCUCGAGGAACGACUCGAGCUGAACGUGGACAGACAGUCGCCGACGACGAUCAAAGUGAGUCUGGCGAUGACAUCAGUCACGAAGGAAGUGACUUUCGUCCAUUACGGGCUAGAUCAGGACGAGUACGUAAAGAUAAACGUCUGGAGCGACAAAAGUUUCGAGAAGGUGUAGUGAGAAAUCUCUACGACCAAUUACUUGAGCUGAGUAAAGGUUUGGCAGACCAGGAUCCAGACGCGGUCACAGAUUGGACCAAUCUUGCCGAUCAGCUCAUGGACGAGUUCAAAACUGAGAAACUUUUUUUCCCAAGAGAACGUGCCACAAAGUUUACGGGAUUUGAAAGAUGGCAAAGGACCGUCACCGUACCAGAAGGUGACGCUGUCUUCAGAGAAUCUCCAGACAGCGAGAAGGAGGUACCACAGUUUUAUUGCAACAUUCACUUUGACGAAUGGCUUGAUGUGCUUUUGCAGCUUGCAUUGCAGCAUGCUCGCAAUGGUCAGAAAGAUCUCUGCUGGGAUGUCAUGAAGACGGUUCAGUCGGCCAAUAUCUUCUUGCAUGAGCCAGAGCGCAUGCAGAAGAAACGGAAUGUAUCACUUGGUAAGUUGUUCGCCGGUAUGGUAGUUCGAAGGCGAAUGCAGCUGAUUCACAUUCAGCCUGCGCUCUGAUCCUCGGAGACGAAAAGCAGCUGAUCGAGGAGGCAAGAUGGUUCAUCAAGCAGUAUCCAUAUACGGCGGACUCGUAUAGGCUGUUCAGCGCUCUGAACCGCUUCUGCAGAGGACCUAUCACAUAUUACAACUCGGGGCCCGAGCAAAAGUUUGUGCUCCGUGCAGUCAAGGCCAUGGAUUUUUCGCUGCUGCCCCCGGAGCACCGGGAAAGGUUUGGCUUCACUGAUGGCGACCGCUCCAAAUGGACUGAGCCGGCGCCUGAAACAGGGAAUCCACAUAACCUCACGGAACAUGACCCCACUCUGCUUACCCUUUACGGUCACAUGAUGUUUGUGGCAGCAACUUAUUCGUCCGCACUCACCUACUACUUCCGUGCGUACGUGCUGCGCCCAGACGACCCCGUGUUAAACUUGUGUAUUGCAGUCGCCUACAUCCAGAUGGGCUACAAGCGGCAAGCUGAGAAUCGCCAAUACCAGAUUCAGCAGGGCUUCAGCUUCCUUUAUCGUUAUUACCAUCUGCGUACGAAGGACGGAGUUGCUAUUAAGAUGCAGGAAGCAGAGUUUAACGUGGCACUUGCGUAUCACACCCUAGGCUUGCAGCACCUGGCUUUGCCUGCGUACGAACGCUGUAUCGCGCUCAGCGAAAAGGUUCAGCAAGAAAAGUUUAGUGCCCACGCCAGUGAUAAAGGUGUCUUCGUGGAGGACCUUGCUGCAGAAGCAGCAUUCGCAAUUCAGUGCAUUCUCGCCAUGGGAGGUGAUUUCGGAGGUGCUCGACGUAUCACAGAAGAGUACCUUGUGCUUUGAUAGGCUUGAAAUCACACGCUGAUUAGCGGUGGAAGUGAUUGCUUCAGAUGGAUCCCGUCUUGGUUGGUGGGCCUCAAAUCUGUGACCUUGUGUUGCUUUGCCAUGAAAAUACGGCGCAGCGACCGAUAAGAACUUUGGGCGCGGCCUGCGGCUGUAGUUAUGACCAAUGAUAUUCCCUCUUCAAAGCGCUGUAUGACUAGACGUUUGCUCGUAAGCAGAAGAGCGAAAGGGAGCUGGCUUCCUGCGUUCCCCUCUAGGCGGAGAUGGGCGUUGGUUGAGAGACUCAUUAAAGACAAAAAAUUUUUCCUCAGCUUUAUCGAAUUGAACAAGAUGUUAUAACGCGUCCUUGCUAGUCGCUGUCUGUGGAAGUUGGAGCCACACGAAUAUGGUUAAGGAGCACUACCAACGUCGGGGGCUCAAUUUCAUGAGUACCUCUGCAUAUAGUCAAAAAAUACGGCCACUCCGUUGUGAGAAGAAGGGCAAGAUUGAGAAGAGGGUGGUGCAUGAGGCACCCUCGAGCCGAAGACCCUCAUAGAUUGGAGAUGGAAGGCUUCAACGCAAAGCGUUCUCAGAUAUUGCUACCUCUGGACCAAAUAAUCGGGUAUAGGGUUGCAUGUGGGAAUGGAUAAGAGAAAGCUUUCAUUGAAACGGGGGAUUUUGAGUCAUCGUGCGGAUGUAGAUGACAAAAAUGAGCAUCUAGCUCGACAUCUAUCGGAAAAUCCAGUAUCAAAAAAGAGGAAGCCUCAAUGUUUAGAACAACGAAAAAGUAAGAAGUCCAAAAACACACAUCCUGGG